GAUGGCAGUGCGGCCACUGACUCGCAUGAUCGAGGGUAUGCCCUGGAGCCACUAUUUUCCCGAGCAGUGCGUGCGCUCGGCACUCGCCUACCAGCCACUCCCAGGCGACGUGUUCAUCGUCAGCUACCCCAAGUGCGGAACCACCUGGUUGCAGUACAUCGUCUACAACAUAUACAGCGGUGGAGUUCCUCCUCGGAACCGCGAGCAGUUCUGGGACAACACGCCCUUCCUGGAGAUGCGAGGGGCCGAGCGCUCGGUCCUGAGGAGCAAGCCCGGUGCCAUCAAGACGCAUCUGCCUUUCGACAGGCAGCCGUACUCGCCGCAGGCUAAGUAUCUGUACAUCACCCGCAACCCGUUCGACUGCUGCGUGUCUUACUACUACCACACCAAGCACCUGCCGGGCUACUGCUUCGGACAGGGCACCUUCGACGACUUCUUCGAGCUGUUCAUCACGGGUGACCUCGAGUACGGCGACUACUUCGACCACCUGCUGUCGUGGUACGCACACCGGUCGGACCUCAACGUACUGUUCCUGACCUACGAAGAGCUCAAGGGAGACACAUCGGCCGCAGUCGUCAAGAUCGCCGGCUUUCUCGGCGACGAGUAUGCCGCGAAGCUGCGCCGAGAGCCAGCACUGGUAGGCCGUAUCCUGGAGGCCGCGGCGCUGGGAAACAUGAAGAAGGUCUUCAACUCUUGUGACUUCCCCGUCACAGAGGAGCAGAAAGCGGCGAGCCUCAAGGAACAAGAACGCCAAGCCGCAGCGAGCGUGGAAGAACUCGUCCGGAGGCCCAUGACGGGCGAGUUUGUCCGCAAGGGCGCCGUGGGAGACUGGAAGGGACACUUCUCCCCGGUGCAGGUGCAGAGGAUGCUGGAACGCAUCAAAGUCAAGACGGCUGGGAGUGACGUCAUGGACCUGUGGAAGGAAUUCGAUAUUCCUCGAUGACAUAUAAAGUUAACAGGUCCCGAAAGUGUAAUAAACGUUGUUUCCUUUUCAGUC